AUAGCAACAGACCGACACAGAAGUUGGAUGACCUGAAGCGUCGUUCACAAGGAAUUUACGGCGAAUAAAAGAGGUUUACCUAUGGAGGCCUCUUCACAAAGAAAGGUUGGUGGGGGAUUGUGGAAUAAUCCCAAAGCCACCCAAUACAGCAAAGAGACCCAGGAUAUGCUGAGAUUAAUGGUGCAGGAAUCAAGGCUCAACAACCUGCAGACGAAUAAAAUCAACAAGUGCCUCCAGAAUGGAGCAUCGCUACCUUUAACUUCUGACCCUACAUGGUCUACAUCCCCUUCACAGCCUAAAUCAUAUAUAUCUGUCAAGACAUCGUUCCCAGGCAAGCCCCAGAGGCGAAUGGCUGAAGCUUGUCGUUCUGGGAACAGCUACGCAAGAGAAAAGUUCCGCCCUGGUCCUACAAGAGAUUUAGAAAAAGAGAAGAAGAGGCUUCAAGAUAUUUUUGCAGCAGAAGAACCAAAAGCAGCAUUAACACAAAAAGUUCCUGCAUAUGAGAACCCAGAAGAGAUAGACCGCUAUCAAGAAGUGCUGGAUGAGAUUAAUGAGAGGAGGCAGUUUCUGGAAGAUAUGACUUCUCUGGGCAAGGAGAAGCAGUACAUUAACAUCAUCAGUACUGAGAUAUCACAGAAAAUACGGGAACUGGAAGUGCUGGAGAAGGCACAAAGUACUGAGAAAGAUGCAAUGAAUUCUGAGAGGAAAGAAAACGCUGCAGAAUAAAAAAAGCAUGCACUUGAAGAAGACUUGUUCAGACACACUGCAGGAGACUGGAGAUUUUGAACUUUGAAAUUUGGUCAACAAUACAACUCCAAUGGGGUGUUGACUUGUGGUACUGGAUGCU